GUUUUGAUUGCAACGCAAAAUUCAAUGAAAAUUGUCUUUUUUUCUCAAAAUUUGAUGAAAUUGAUGCAUUUUUUACGCAUCUAAGAGCCUAUUUGUGUAAAAAAUUACCCGCCAAAGAGAAAUAUUACAGGAGAUACAGAUUUUUGCAUCUAUGAUUCAUCGGUAGAAUGGGCUUGACAAACGUUCUCACUCUCAGCCAAAUUGCUGGUCACGUAAUUGCUUUCAUCCUCUCGAUAUGCAUCACAAUUCCCAUGAUCGUGCAUUUGCGGCAAUUUGACGGGCAUUGUUUGCUCUUUACAACCGGUCAAUGGCAGGAAGACGACGGAUUGUUCAAAGCUUCGUGGGCUUCGAAAGCAUAUUGCAACUUUCCCAUUGUCAUCGGCUUCAUUUUGUGCAUCACGAGUCUCACACAAAUCUAUCGUUUGUCCCUCAUAAUCCGUAACGAGGUAGAAAGUUCCUUUUUUGGGCUCUUCAUGGACGUUUUUAUCGCCAUCAACUUGUGUGCACUUGUUGUUGUCGCCGCCGUCAUGAUUACCCUCGGAUUUAUCGUUUGGUGUUCCGACAUGACGCAACGUUUUCCCUCGUGUGACACUGCUGAUGGGCAAAAUAUCACAAAUACGAACAUAACGAACAUCAAUACGAACGGAUUUUACAUUGAAAUGGGCACAGCGCAGUUUGGGGCAUGGGGAUCGUUCGCAACGUGGGUUGGAUUGUCGAUGUUUGCGUUGCUAAAGUUGAUCAACAAUCAUCAAGUGACGAAUAUGCGGGUGUCAAUGUACUUGGAACGACAACGGUUGGUGAAUGAUGGCGUUUAUUCCGAUAGUUUGACGGAACCGCCAGCAGCUAGUCUCAUGGGGGGACAAAAUGACGAAUGAAAUUACGAGAUGCGGGGCAACAUUUCUUUGUGAUAAACGAGUGUGGGGAUGAUCUUAGUGAUCAACAUCAUAUUAAUGUCUGAUUUUUUUCUUUUUUGUAAAAUUAUUAAAUAAUUACUAAGUUAAAUGAAUUCAUUAUCCAAAAAAAUUAAUAACUAUAUAUUAUUAACGGGUUUUCUUUGAUAAAAAGACACAAAAUGGAGAUUUUUGAUUAUUUCUCAAAAUAAAAAUCAAAUAUAUUCACAAUAA